CGUCGGGGUUUGACUAUAUAGCCCACAUACGGUAUACUUGAUUCUGACCUACAUUAAAUAAUGACUGGGGUUGUCCAGUAGGCUAUCACCGAGUGCCUGGGAAAGUAUGCCCUCCAUAGACGGAAUGCUUAUAACACCGCGAGGCUUUGUCUUUCAGGAAUUCUGAGUUAGCCUACAACAGAACGCAGGACUUUUCUUCGGACACAUUGUAACAUUUGAAUAAGAUUUUUUUUGUUGAAAAUGGAGGCGUUCGAGGGAGCUCACGGGGGCGAAAAUAUCUUGGAUUUGUCGCGCUUAAAUCUGAACAAUCUGAAUUUUGACAAUCUCAGUGACAAAAGGAAAAAAGAGACCAAACAAUUGUAUGUAUGUUAUAACCGCCUCACGGUGUUAACGGAGUCGAUAUCCUUGUUCGAGAACUUAGAAUUUCUGGACAUCAGCUGCAAUGGACUAGCAGUCAUUUGUGAUGACAUUACUCGUCUGACAAAACUGAGGACUUUAAUAGCCAAGAACAAUCGUCUGGAUGAGUUUUCGCUACCGAAGGAGUUUGGAUCACUGCAGCUUGAAGUAUUGAACUUUAGUGGUAAUAGAUUUGAGGAAAUGCCUACCCAAUUUCUUGAGCUGCAGUGUCUUCAGUCUCUCUCGCUUGGGGGGAACAGACUGAAAACCAUUCCAGCCGAGAUAGACAACUUGACCAGCCUCGAGCUGCUGUAUCUUGGAGGCAACCUCAUCUCGUCCAUUCCUGUGGAGCUGGCUAACCUGCCUUACCUCAGCUACCUGGUGCUGUGCGACAACCGCAUCCAGAGUGUUCCGCCCCAGCUCAACAGACUCCACUCUCUGCGUUCCCUGAGUCUCCAUAACAACCUCCUCACCUACCUGCCUCGCGAAAUCCUGAGCCUAGUGCAGCUCCAGGAGCUCAGUCUCCGUGGCAACCCGCUCGUCGUGCGUUUCGUCAAAGACAUGACCUACGACCCUCCGUCGCUGCUGGAGCUGUCGGGCCGGGCCAUCAAGACCAGGAACCUCACCUACUCGCUGCAGGACCUCCCCACACACCUGGUCACCUACCUGGACCUGGCCAGCAAGUGUCCCAACCCAAAGUGUGCAGGGGUGUAUUUUGACUCCUGCGUGCGUCACAUCAAGUUUGUGGACUUCUGCGGCAAGUACCGCCUGCCCCUCAUGCACUACCUGUGCUCACCCGAGUGCACCUCGCCCUGCAGCUCUAACCCGCAGAGCGACGCCGACUCCGAGGACGAGCACAGCGUCCCGGCCGACCGCCUUCAGAGGGUGCUGCUGGGAUAGCGGAGCGAGCGGAGGAGGAAUGGGGAAAGAGGGCGCAGAAUCUGCGCAACCAUGGCAACUAAUCCAGCCCCGUGCUCAUCUGUAUUAGGCUGACUUUAUUACUUUUUCUCUCUCUCUUUUUCUUUCUUUUUCUCUCUCUCUCUCCCUCCCCCUCUCUCUUGCUCUCUCUCUUUCUCUCUCUCUCGCUGUCCCUCCCUCAUUUCUCUCUCUCUCUCUCUCUCUCUCUCUCUCUCUCUCUAUCAUUCCUGUUUUCUUUUUGAUUCUUUCAUCCCCUCUCUCUGUUGCACUCUCUGUUUUCAAACAAAAAAAAGAAGACAGGACUACUCCUCUUCAAAUCCCAGCCUUUUGCAAAACACAAACUAAACACUGGUACAUCACUGAACUCCUUGAUCAGAAAGUUGGAGAGACUUGUAUUGAUGCUGCUGUGUAUGCCGUGAAGUGAAGGCAGUUUGAACUCCACUUUUUUUCAAAGACUUCUCAUUUAACACUUCUCAUUGGUCUCAUGGAAUUACACUUUUCACAACAAAAACAUUCAGAUGAAGACUGUUUUUCUUUUGACUGUUGCUAUCCUGCUGUAAACAAACAUCUCCAAGCCUCAAAAGGAAGGCUGUUGAAAGCUCUAUCAAAAGGAGUCUUCAGAGAGAGUAUUAAGUGCCUGUGCCUGACCAAGCGUUUGAAAUGCACUUAAAUGGUCACUUGGACUAUGCAGCAGUAUAAACAGACGAGACCGUGAAGAGCGGAGAAUGUGACUGUUUAUCCACUUAACGUGCAGGCUAGAAUCUAGAACCAGAACCAGUCUAGAACCAUCAGAUACCACAAUAUCUGUUCUGUGGACUCUGGUUUGUCCUCAAAACCUGCUGUGUUGGUGGAAAAAAAUAUGUUUUCUUUGUGCAUUGAUUUUCUUUAAAAAAAGAAAUAGGUUACCCAAAGCUGAUUCAACUUGCGAAGCAGGUCAAACCCAAAUAUCCAGGUAGUUAUUGACCCACGAGUUACUUUUUAACCUGACUUCUAGCCGUUUUUUUUACGUUAUUGAUGCAGUGAUGUUGGCCCCCGACCAGAAGUCACCUCGUGAAGAUAAGGAGCUAAUUUUACACUUGCAUCUAACCCCCCCGUAUUGUUGGAUUGCACCACACCAAUAUUGUGAAAUCGUUCGGCUCCACGGUCAAGAUGACAUCUGCUCAUGUUACAUCCUUGUGAACCUACUGCAUAUGAUCAAAAGAGUGACCAAUCUAGCGCUUUAUAGUUUCACAUGAACAUGUUCAAACACUAUUGUCACUGACAAAAUACAGGCAUGUUAAUUGACUAAUCUUUAGUUUCGUCUCACUCAUAGUUUUACACUGUUGCCAUCUAGUGGCCUAAGCGCAGCAUUUCACAUCAUAUCAGAAUGCAAAUUAACAAAUGGAUUGGCUCUUAUAAACACCUGCAGCAGUAGAAGUUUGUUGAUAAUCCCUUUGGAUUAUUGUGGCGAGUGUGGCCCUCUGUGUGUAUGAAAUGUUUUUAAUAUAUAUGUCUUUAUGCAUUUCACCAAGCAAUGGACACAUCAAAGUGAACAAGGCUAGAAAUGAGCAUUAAACAUUUCAUCACUUGAAAUGUGCAUAUUGUUACAAUGGAAGACUAAUUUUGGUUUUGGCCUCUAUAGAUUGGUGCCUUAUAGAUUGUAUGUUUCUAUAAGUAUAUGACACAUGUUAUUUGUUCACGUUGCUUAAGCGAAUAUUCAACACUGCAACACUGCAAUUUGUUUUGUUUUUCUUUCAAUGCAGCUACAGCAAAUUUGUUUUGCGCACAUAAUGACUUCAUGACCAACAUCUACAAACUGAUUAUAUAAAAACCCGGGUGAUAUUCUUUACUGUAGCCUACAACAGUAAAUACUGAUCUCUUUACUAAAAUGUGAAACAUAUUUUUCUUUCUUCUUUGUUCUUUUAUGUCAAGUCUUAACAAUGUAGAUUUGUAUUAACAACUAUGCAAAUACCUGACAUUGCAAAUAAGAAAAUUGCUUUUAUACUACCAUACAUACACAGGAUUUUAGGAAUUGAGCACAUUUAUUUAUAAUUAAAGAAAAAGGCAAGCUUUUAUACACUUAUCCCUGAGAAGGAACCCUUAGAAUUAUUUGAUGUGUAUUUGCACUUUCCCCUGCUGAUGUAGACUGUAUAACACCCUUAAUAAAGUUAAGAUUGUUGUUUGUUCUAAA